AUGGCCUAUAGAGGCAGUUCCGGUGUUCAGGUUGUCGAAAUCAAGGUAGGCGACCUGCCCAAUCCCAGUCUCAACCUGCCCAAUGGCGGUAGCGCGCCCCGCCGCAUUCCUCCGAAUGAUAAACGCGAAACGGUGGAAGCUCUUCUCGAAACGAAACCACCUACUGCGACUGCGGAAAUGAUGCCGUGGCUGGGCAGUCAUUCAUUCACGAUGCGCUGCUCCAUUCUUGCGUUUGCGUCUGUCGCACUCGCUGCUAGGCCGUUUUUGAACGAGCCGGAUACUGGGAUUGACGAAGUCCUCGGCUCCACUGCCAAUGGCACUCUCCCGCCGUUGGACAAGAUCAUCGGGCUGCCCGAUUUUGACUGGGCGGCGCGCCGCAAGAUGACCCCACAGAACUACACCUACUACCGCAACGGAGCGGCGGGAGAGUGGUCCUAUAGGAACAAUCUUGAAGUGUACCAACGCUUCCGCCUACGACCGCGUGUAUUGGUUGACAUCACCAACAUCGAAAGCACUCUCCCGACAACCAUCCUAGGUCACAACUUCUCCGCCCCCUUCUUCAUCGCGCCCUGCGCCCGCGGUGGCUACGCUCAUCCCGAUGCCGAGCUCAACUUCGUCAAGGGCGCGGCGUACGGCGACAUCCUCUACAUGGCGUCCAUCCUCGGAACCAAGACCAUUGAUGAGAUUGCCGCCGCAAAGGGAAACAGCUCUCAAGUUUUGUUCCAGCAGGUCUACCUCUCGGAAAACAUCACCGAGACUCAAGAGUUGUUCAAGCACAUUGAGGAGCUCGGGUCCAAGGCGAUCGUUUUGACUGUGGACUCGGCGGCAGAUGGAAACAGACACCGCGCGGCACGGUACGGUGUUGGUUCGGCGGACAGCUCGUACAGCUACUUGACCUGGGACUUGUACAAGCAACUCAGCAACAUGACUUCGCUCCCGAUUAUACCGAAGGGUAUCCAGACCGUGGACGAUGCUCGCCUCGCCGUAAAGGCUGGUGCGAAGGCGAUUUACCUCUCCAACCACGGUGGCCGCCAGCUAGAUACCACACCUUCUUCACUCGAAGUUGCCUUGGAGAUCUACCAAGAGGAGCCUAGCCUCUUCCAGCAGGUUGAGGUGUACGCUGACGGAGGCGUACGCUACGGCGCUGAUGCAUUGAAGCUACUUGCGCUCGGCGUAAAGGCAGUUGGUCUGGGAAGACCGUUCAUGCUCAGCAAUGUGUAUGGCGUGGACGGAGUCAAGAAGGUGAUUGACAUCACGAAGCAUGAGAUUGCUAUUGAUGCGGCGAAUCUGGGUGUGGGCGACCUGAAGAAGAUCGGCCCUGAGUAUGUGAACUGGAAGAGCGUGAAUGUUUGGUUCAGCUAG